GUCCCUCCAGAAAUUACUGACCCACCAGAACCAAAGCCUUUACUUGCCACCGGAGAAAACCAUACUUUGACCUGCAAUGCAUCUGGUGACCCUCUUCUCAAGAUUUCUUGGACAAAAGAUGGCGUUCCUGUGGAUAGGUUUAAUGUGAGAGGUUACCAGCUAUAUUUGCUUAGCGUGAAGUUGGAGGAUGUAGGAUCAUACGGUUGUAAAGCUAGUAAUGGAUAUGGAGAUAAUGCCACCAGUGUCAGCAUCGUUGACAUAAGAUGUAAGUAGUCUGUCCUGUUUAUCUGAUUACAGCAAUGCAUUUGUAAGUUGGUUAAUAUGCUUUGAUUUUAGACAGACACAAAUGUAUUGUGAUUCAUGUUUGAACUGCUAAACAACAGAAUGGCGUGGAAUUAGCACAAUAUAGAAAAAAAGUAUUUGCUUUCUGUCAUUUUGAGAUGUAAAUACUGUUUUUUUUGUUUAGAUUGUCCUUGUGCCGAGCAUAAAGGUGUCUGUUUCUGUGAAACAGUUUUUUUCAUCAUUUAUGCAUUUGCUUUGACAGAGUUCAGAACCAGCUUUGUCAUGUGGGCGUGAAUUGACUGGAUAAUACCCAGUAAUAAACAACAAACUAUCGCCUUCUUUAUUUCUACUCCCGCUUCCCGCCCUCUCCCGCCCCCUGUCUCCCGGGGUCUGCCUGGAUACUUAAGACAUCUUCUCAUACAAAACUCUACUCUAAUAAAGGAUAAGCCUUUCUUCAAUGGCUAAUUGGAGCAAUUUGGUAGCCAUUCGGGUUCGAAAAAUGUUCUUUCCGGGACAAACUACCGAAACAAAAAGUUUUAAUGACAUUUAUUUGCUAAAAACCUUCUUCAACCCAUAAAAAAAUCACCAGUUGAGGGUAUAAAUGGUUAAAGCAAAAAAUAAAUAAAUAUAUAAAAGUGGAAACUAGUAUUGAAAGUGUCGUGGCCAACAGUCCAUUUUCAGUGGCUUUGGCAACCAGCUGGUCACAAUUUGAGACGCUACUUUCUUUAUAAUAAACUGAUUUGCAUGUUGUACGUUACUGAGAGACAAGUUUGCUUGUCACACUAUUUCUCCUUGCUCCUGCCCUUGCAUAAUGAUCGUUUAAUUAGGAGCAUUGGAAUAACAUUACAGAGUGAAGUUUGGACUUCAGCCUUUAAUAAUAGAGAGCAGUUGAGUUCAAAAUAUUGGAGUCAAAGCUUUUAUCAGAAGUAA